CAUCACUCGAUGCCUCCUCCUGCUAGAGUGGGCUCCAGCAUCGGUCAAAACUCCGGAACAUUCUCAAGAGUAUCUUAUCAAUCUGGUAAACGUAGCUCUUCCGGAGGAUCCGUACCCACCAACGUCAAGCUACCCCCUGACUUAGAAAAGGUUCUGACUGUUUUGACAGGUGGUAUCCUCCAGGGACAUCUUAAACUCGCUGCGGCACUACGAAAAAGGUAUGAUAAUCAAUAUCCACUGGUUAGGUCUUUAGCAGACGUCUUCAACUCUCAUUCCUACAUUUUGAGAGAAUACGCAACAUAUAUACUUCAUUUGGAACCUGCUCUCAUGCAAGUGGAUCAAGCUCUUCAAAGUGUAAUGGACAAGAAUGGUUCCUCUCGUCGGUUGUCAAAGCGGGUGGAAGAGACUGAAAUCGUAAAAUUGGGAAGGGCCCUAAUGUCUUUGGAAGAAUUAGCGGCGGAGAGAGGGGAGUCAGGUCUGGUCAUUUCACUUUCUAAACCUUUUCAAAGGUUAUUGAAAUAUCCAUUAUUGUUCCAGAAUUUAUUGUUCAAUACAGACCCUAGUCUGAAGGAAUAUGAAAAGACUUUGGAGAUGGUUGAUGAGGUGGAGAUGAUCGUCAGAAGCAUAGAGGAUGAGAAGAGUAGUCAGGAGGAAAGAGAAAAGACGAGAGAUGUUUGGGCAAGGAUUGAUGGGUUGGAAAAGGAUAAGAUGCUCAUGGCCCCUAAACCCAACCGCCUACUGAUCUCUGAAACCGCCUUUACUUCCCCCAACUCUUUGUCAUCUCUGGCGAAAGAUGAGACCAUCCGACAAAAGAAAUCCAUGAAACGAUUGUCAGACAUGCUCAAAUCAUCUCAUGAUCCCCCAGAUACAUGGGUUGUCAAAUUUUCCGACGUCUCUCUACUUUGCUUGAGAGUCGGUACCACUCAGUUACCUCUAUCCACCACUUCUACCUCUAAAUCUUCCAAAUUAUCUCAGAUGGAUCCUGAUCCCCCAAAGAAAUUUAAUACUACCCGACGAGGUGGAUCUGUCAAACCUCGUAAUUUAUACCGGUUCAUUAAAAUCCACGAAUGGCAUCUCAAACCCAAGACGGGU